AGCCGCCAAGACUCGUAGCAUUCGCUGUUUCUGAAGAUGGGGUCAUUCAUCGGCCACCUUGUUCCUGGGACGGCAUUUUCUAUAUUUGGACUUUGGUUUGCUUACUGCACUCUCCAUCGGUUCUUCUUGUGCUCACGCUUUGCCUUUAUGAAUGGAAGCAAGUUCGUCGGAAAAUACCGUAGUACCUGCUCUUUCACCUGCUCCUGCUGCCCGACUGUGCCCCUCGAGGGGAUCAUUAAAAUUUUAGCUUCAGUUUUGGCAAUAUCAGGCGAGUUCGUGACAGCUUUUGAAGGCGGGAAGUUUGAGCAUUUAGGUAACGCUCAGCAUAUGAUGAUGUACUUCUUCUUCAUCAUCCACGGAGUGGCUGAUUUAGCCGUCCACUACAAGGCAGCUGUUCCUCCUGACGUAGACUAUUUGACAGCAGCCUGUGCCUUCUUCAUGGAGUCUCUGCUUUUUUUCACUCACCUUCAUGGAAGACCCCUUAUGGACAUACAGGUGCAUACAUUUGUGGCAAGUGUAGCUCUUCUGUGCGGCUUUGCAAUGUUGCUAGAAGCUAGCUUCAAGAACAGUGUUGUGCCAGCUCUAGGCCGCGCCUUCUUCAUUCUCCUGCAGGGUACGUGGUUUUUGCAAAUCUCGUUCUUAUUGUUCUCUCCACUUGGCACCUACCUCGAUCACAACAGCCACGAACACAUGAUGGUUGUAACUUGCAUUUUCACCGGCACGUGGCAUUGGCCUUACUGUUGAUGGUACUAUUAGGGACAUUUUGCUAUCGUCGAGUCGGAAACAUGUCACCCACAACUGCCUACCAUACUCUCCACUCGCACGCCCUUUCAGGGACAUUCUCCAAGUUUGAUUCUGUUCAAGUGAAACAUAUCAUUGCAGGAUCCGAUGAAGAAGAUCCUUGAUUGUUUGCAGUGCCCUGUAGAGUUCUCUCUGCUUAGCAUCUCUGCGGAAUUGUCUUCUUUCUUUUCUAUCCAAGGCUAAAAAUGUACAGGUGAUUUACCAAUAAACUCUAAUUCUAGCGUAAAAUUGAUGAUCGAAUUAAAAUAGACAAAAGCUGACUUCCUAUUGAGAGUGUGUCGCCCUUCCUUAGGAUUCUUUCUAUAUACUUAGUACCAGUGUCAGAAGAUGCUGAAUUUUUCCAAGUGGUCAAGGGAGAAGGUGGAUUUGAUAUAGGCUGCUGAAACUAACAAUUAAGAGAAAUCUCUUUGACGAUGUUCUUGUUUCGUAAUGGAUGACUGUCAGAGGUACGUUUACAUUUCAAGUAACAUUUUAGAGC